UAUGAAACAGCCAAUUCUUAAUAAAGGAUCAAAACCAGAAAGAAAUCCUUCUUCUUACAAUAAUGAUGGAUUUGGAAGAGAUACCUACAUAUCUUAUAAUAAUGGAGGCAACUUUGGUACUGAAUUCCGAUUCCUCAUUAUGUAAUAAAAUAGAACUGGUAUAAAUAUGAUGCCAUCUCCUUCACCAAGAGCCUAAAAAAUACCAGAACGAAUAUUCUAUCAAUGUGAUGGUACUGGAAGAGAUACUUAUGUAUUGUAAAAUGCUAUGAAUCUAUUGCCAGGAUGAAUCCCUAAGAGAGAUACUCUCCCUUGCAUAAUUAUAAGU